ACGAAGUGACAGAUUGCAGCGAACGUAGUGGGAGGGUGGGCUGGCUGCUCACUUGCCAGCUCACCCUUCUCGCAAAAGCCAUUUUAUCAGGCAGACCCGCCAACAAUAGCGAAAUGUCCGGUGCUGCCUGUUCACGUCAGGAUGGCUAAAGGUGACCCCAAGAAACCAAAGGGCAAGAUGUCCGCCUACGCCUUCUUCGUGCAGACCUGCCGGGAGGAGCAUAAGAAGAAAAACCCGGAGGUCCCUGUCAAUUUCGCAGAGUUUUCCAAGAAGUGCUCGGAGAGGUGGAAGACAAUGUCUGGGAAGGAGAAGUCUAAAUUUGAUGAAAUGGCAAAGGCGGACAAAGUGCGCUAUGAUCGGGAAAUGAAGGACUACGGACCAGCAAAGGGUGGCAAGAAGAAGAAGGACCCCAAUGCCCCCAAACGGCCACCGUCUGGGUUCUUCCUGUUCUGUUCAGAAUUCCGUCCGAAGAUCAAAUCCACGAACCCGGGCAUCUCGAUCGGCGACGUGGCAAAGAAGCUGGGCGAGAUGUGGAAUAACUUAAGUGACAGCGAAAAGCAGCCGUACAACAACAAGGCAGCGAAGCUGAAGGAGAAGUACGAGAAGGACGUCGCUGACUAUAAGUCGAAAGGAAAGUUUGAUGGCGCCAAGGGUCCUGCUAAAGUUGCCAGGAAAAAGGUGGAAGAAGACGACGAAGACGAUGAGGAGGAAGAGGAAGAAGAGGAGGAGGAGGAGGAGGAGGAGGAGGAUGAAUAAAAAACUGUUGCUCUGUC